CCUUGCCCCAGCAAAUUUUCAGAUGCCCCUCCAUGGUGCAUGCAUGGCCCAUCCAAAACCCAAGCCUGGAGACCAAGCAGGCCUCUGGUUUGCGACGUGGCCGUCACAACUCAGCCUUCUGCCUCUUCUGCCUCUUCUGCCUGGCACGCUGGGCUCUUGGGUCACUGUUCCUUCUUCAAUGGCACCAAUGGCACCAUCAUUGUCGGAUGGCCUGGCUGCCUUCAAUGCCUUCCUCCAGGCCAAUGUCACGGGGCCUGUUCUCACGCGCGACCAAACCGACCUAACGGCCCCAUAUUUGGGCACACCCGAGUUUGAUCUCGGCAUCCGGUCCCUAGAUGUGGACGGCGUCGGCGUAUACCCCUUCAUCCCUCACAUAGAUCUGUUCUGCCUGGCGAGACUUGUCAUCGAGAAUGAGACGUCAGAGGCGAAUUGGGCAGCGGCCCGAGCUGAAGCGGGGCAUCAAUCGGGCGUGAGUCUGGCAUGGAUGAAGCUGAGGCUAAAUGUCUGGCACUACAAGCUCUUUGUCCAUCCCAGCCUGAGCUCGGGGAGCGUCUUCACCAGGAACAUGGCAAUGAGCGAAGUACCAACCCUGGUAGAAAAGAUCCAAGCAGGGCUGGCCCGGGUGGAAAGUCAGCUCAUCGGCGAGGCGUGGGACGUCUCAGACGCUGCAUCGGAAUACUCAUCAGAGGACAAGGUGCGGUUCUUGCUGGAAAAGGCAAAUGUCUGCAUCAUGCUGGGCCAGGACGUCAAAGCACGGGAGGCCCUGAACCUUGCUGCGGAGCUCAACGGGUUUGCCUACGCCCUGUCCGGGGCGCUCGGGAAGAGAACUAGAUUCCAGGAUAAGAGCACCAGCCAGCUCGUGGUUCUCGCGAGGAGCUCAGUCGAGGUGCCCGACGGAGGAGACGACGUGAAGGGGGCGGAGGAGGCCCCCCACGCGCUACCGCUCAACGACGACACCCUACUGGAGAAUAUUGAGUUUUCCAAGGACGCAACAGAGGUGAAGCACGGCGAGCAAAACAUGGGCGCCACAGAAUCAUCGCUCCCUGUCCAGCUGCGGGGCAUUAAAGCCGACCAACAGCCGCAGCUUUCGACCCUCGACCAGAUCAUCCUUCUCACAGAAGCCACGCUCAAGGAUGUGUUCUCGCCGGCAGACUCCCUCACCUCGGAGGAGAUCCUACCAUUUGCGGUCCGAGUCAUCAACGAUAAAAGUACAAACUGGCAGGUGUACACGCAGGCACUGCUAGUGCGGUCGAGGAUUGAGGUGCACCACAGCAGGACGGUGGAAAGAGGCGUGCUGCAGAUGCAGGCGGUCAUUGACCAGGUCCUCGUUGAUACCGCCGAGGACUCUGCCCCGAGCCAUGAUGGGGUCCCGACAGGAGGGGACAAGAACAGAAAUGUCCCGGCUAUUUCGGUUGAAGCGGAGCACGAGGUGAAGCUGGACAGGACAUCAGCCGCGCCGGUGGAUGAGAAGCCAAGAUCGUUCUUCCCCACCGGUGAGCCGACCGAGUCCGCUUCAGCGGAUGUCAGGCUACAGUACAUACACGCUCUCUCGUCACCUCCCCGGUGGCACCUCGAGUCGGAAUUGGCCUAUGCAUGGACAGGUGUCGGGUCACUCAUGUCUGCUCUUGAGAUAUUCAAACGCCUCAAACUCUGGGCUGAGGUCGCGCUUUGCCUGGCAAGUAGCGCGACGCUUGAUGAAGGGGAUGGUAGCGGGAGGGGGAGCGGUGGCGAGGAGAAGGCGCGAGCCAUCAUCCGGUGGCGACUAUUCCACCGCAAGCGCCAAGGCUCGGCAGCACCCGGUGAAGACAUCGACGAGAACAUGGACAUAUCGCUGCUCAAGGCUGAGGAUUUCACCGGUCCAGAGAGGACUCCGCCCCAGCCCAACGCACCGAGAUUGUUCUGUAUCUUGGGCGAUAUGGAGCCCGACUCAGCCGUGGCGCACUACGAACGGGCUUGGGAGAUAUCGAAGAAAAGGUAUGCUCGGGCCCAGAAGUCGCUGGGGGAGCAUUAUCUCGCCCUGAAGGACUGGCGCAAGGCUCGCGAGGCGUAUAAUCUAGCCGUGUCUGUGAACCGGAUCGCACCAGAGCUAUGGAAUCGGCUGGGCGACAUUAAUCUUCGGCUGGGGCUCUUCGGUGACGCGGCUGAGUCGUACACGCGUGCAAUCGGGGCUUCAAAUGACACGUCCGGCGGCGAAGAUGCGCGGACAUGGAGCAAUCUGGGCAGUGCCCUGUACAGCAUGUAUCUCGAAGCCGUGGGCGAGAGCCAGAGGGCUAAAGAAGCCGGCAGCGAGAGCGAGGCGCCAACCAACAGACACCAGCGCGCAGGCGACGAGGAAGACGAUGAGGAGCCACAACCUUCGACGAAAACGAGUCCACGAGAUCCAGCGAUGCUGCUCGUACAGUCGAUGAAGGCAUACAAACGAGGAGCGUCAAUAGCAGGCGACAAUUGGCGCAUCUGGGACAAUGUCAUCACACUGGCCACACGCAUGCGACCCAUGCCCUUCUUCGAGAUAAUACAGGCGGUGCGGUCAAUUAUCCGGCUCCGCCAGACAGAAGCCGCCCUAGACGACGGCAUUCUAAGGUUGCUCCUGACAGAUGGCGUCUUGGCUGCCGAGAAGAAGAACGACCCCAACCCGGACGGCUUCUACGAGCCGCCACGUGGCAGCGUGGAGCGGAAUGUCAACGAAAUGAUGGAGAGCGAAAUUGUGCCACUCAUCACGAGCCGGUCCGAGCUCUGGGAGCUAGUCUCGCGCCUACGGGUCUGGAAGAGGGACUACCACGGCGCCAUCGACGCAUCGGAGAAAGCGUGGCGUGCAGCUGUUGGGGGAGCUACAUCGGGCGCGAGCUCCAUGGGCGGCGGCCUGACUGUCGACUCUGCCAAGUCCGGGCCAGAAGAAGGCGGCGGCGGCGGCGGCGGCAACAGGGGAAACUGGCUGGAGGAUAACGAGGCUUGGCAAGUCGUGGUGCAGAGGACAGACGAGUUGGUUGCAGUGCUGGAGAACUAUGGCACACAGGUGGAGGAUAUGAGGGAGAAGUGGAGGGCAAAGGCCAGGGCCGCCAUCCGCAGCGUGAUGGGCAAGGCCAAGGAGAAUUGGGAGGGUAGUGAGGGCUGGCUGACUUUGAAGGGGCUUCUGGACGGACUGAAGGCAUAGACAGAACAGAUACCCAGGGAAUAGAAACUUCUAGGACAAGGUCACGAUUAUAUUCCA